CAGCUCACUGUCCCUGCCAGUGCAGGAUCCUAGCGGAAACCAGAGCUGGGAGGGCUCUUCCUGGCUGGGACAGGCUUCCCAGGAGGGUGAGGGAUUUACACUCGCCACCUCUCGCCGUUGUCCCCGGCAGUGUCGCACUGAGGGCCAUGUGCAGUGGCAAGCUGCAGACGGCUUUGCUGGUGGCCGGCUACUUUGUGUACCUGCUGGUGGGUGCUGCCGUGUUCCAGGCCCUGGAGAGGACCGCAGAGAGGCAGGAGAAAAUGGCAGCUGCCCAGAUGAAGGAGGCUUUUCUGCAGAACUUCACACAGCUCACGGUGGCAGAGAUGGAGCAGUUCAUGAAGAACCUGAUUGAAGCCAUUCAAAAUGGAGUAUACCCUGUUGGAAAUGAGUCACAGUUUGAAGAAAGCAACUGGGAUUUCAGCAACUCCUUCUUCUUUGCAGGCACAGUUGUCUCCACAAUAGGCUAUGGCACAUUACAUCCUAAAACUGUUGGGGGACAGAUCUUCUGUGUGUUUUUUGCUCUUUUUGGAAUCCCUCUGAACAUUGUUUUUCUGCACCGUGUUGGUAAGAUGCUCUCACUGCUCUGUAAAAAGCUGGGGAAAUUCCUGUACGAGAAAGGAAUGAGAAAGAAGAAGAUCAAAUUUCUGACCCUUUUGUUCUUCCUGGCCACGGGGAUCCUGGUUUUUCUGUGCUUGCCUUCAGUCUUCUUCCAGAUAACAGAGGGCUGGUCCUACAGCGAAGGGAUUUACUUUGCAUUUAUCACCCUCAGCACCAUUGGCUUUGGAGAUUAUGUAGUAGGCAAACAGUCUGACAGGAAAUACUUUUCCUACUAUCGAGUGCUUGUGGCCAUUUGGAUUAUUUUUGGCCUUGCCUGGAUUGCUCUGCUGUUUAAUUUAUUGACAACAGUAUUAGAAGAUACUGAAAAAAUAAUUGUCAAGGAUCUCCAGCAAAUUGGAAAGCCUUCACGUUGGUGAUGGGAUGAAGAAUGAAUGCAGCAGAGCUCGCUACAGUCCCAGAAAUGCAUGGACAGCUCCUGGAGAACAUGGCCCAGCAACAAUUCCUACAAAGUGCUUAAAGGCUGAGUGGAAUGACAGCAGUGGUAGCACAAUUGAGGGAUGCCAAAUAGGCAAAAAUUGCCAGGGGGAAACAAAAAAGAUGAAUUUCUAGCAGUGAUUGUAAAAGUCUGUUCCUUGCUUGCAUCAGCUCUCUGAGCAAAAGCCUGAACACAAGCUGCCCACACUUUUCACUCAAACAUGGGUCAUUUUUAGGGCUGGGGCUGGUUUGGUUUCCCAGUCAUCAUCUCAUGGGUCUCUAUAAGGGUUUAGCCUGCCUUGGCAAAUCAACAAGUGAAGGUGGAAUGAGUUGUCAAGGCAGAAGCACAAUUUUUGGUACAUGAAAUUUGCAUAUGCGGCAUUUGUAGUAGUGAGCAGUACCCAACCACACUGGAGUGGGAAGGGCUUUGGUGUGGCAGCCAGGGUGCCCUCCAGCCACUCUUCUGGGAAGUUAAAACAUGACAGGAAAUUUCCAUGUAGACUCCUGCUUUGGCACAUGGUUUUCUCAGUGAAUAUGGUUCAAGGACAAAACCGGAGAAUGGCAAACUCAUACUAAAACCCAUAAAGCCCACACUUACUUCACACAUGCCAAAAAGUGGAGCAGUGAGUUACAGAAAUGAGAAAUGUUGUCACUCCCCCACCAAGGCCAUCUGUCAUACGUGGUGACAGCAGGGUGAGGGGAGGUGGCAUGAAGAAAGGCAGGCAGAGCACUUUCCCCUGUGGAUUAUGGAUAGUGGCUGAUUUUUGGGAUCAGCCUACUCAAUGGGUAAAACCCCUUUAUGCACAAGUGUCCAUCAGCUGAGACAAAAAGUGCAUUGUGGCUGUUGAGGGACUACUUACAAAGACAUGGAGGGACAGGACAAGGGGAAUUUGGCUUCAAAUUGACAGAGGGCAGGGUUAGGUUAGAUAUUAGAAAGAAAUUCCUCCCUAAAAGGGUGUUGAGGUCCUGGCACUGCUGCCCAGAGGAGCUGUGAGUGCCCCAUCCCAGCCCUUUUCCAGGCCAAGCUGUAUGGACAGGGCAUGGAGCAACCUGGUUUGUGGGUGUCGCUGCCCAUGGCAGGGAUUUGGAACAAGAUGGUCUUUUAGGUCCUUUCCAAUCCAAAUCAUUCAGUGUUUCCAGGAUUCUGUAAAGUCACUGUGCACACACGCGACAGAGCCUCCAGAUGUCACCAUCAACCCAAGCAAAAAGAGGCACAGCAUAAACCAUGCAGAAAAACCCCAUUCAUAGACUUUGCCUUUAGUCCCUGCUCCCCUGCCUGGCACAGACAGACUCAGCGUUUCCAGUCCACCUGGAUAAAGUGCUUGAAUCAGAGACAAAAUCAACGAAUGUGGUUUUUAGCUGUGUAUGCAAGCAUAUUGUAUGCACAUUAUGCUGAUGUAGACCACAUGGGUGCUUCCCUGUGUGUAGGUGCUCAUUGCUUUUACAUAUAUUAAUAUAGAAAAUCACACAUAUAUGCAUGUAUGUAUGUAUAUAUGUAUAUUUAUAUAUAUAAAGUUAUAUAUAAACUUCAUAACUUUUGGUCUGAAGAAUCACAGGUUCUUUGCCAACAAUUUCACCUGAAGGUAAAAGCAAGGCUGUUCCCCAGCUCCUUUUGUAGCCGUAUACAUAUUCAUCUCUUCACUACACAUUCCUGUGUCCCACCCAGCUGAUGAGCUGAGAAAUGGAGCGAUCAGCCCUGUAUAAAGGAUCUGAGAGCAUAGGCACAGGUGUUCCCAGGGAAGACAGAAUGCCCUCAAGUCUGUGUAGUAAGGUUAGUGUUGACUUUUUAAGGAAUUGCUUGUCUCCUCUCUUUCCCUUGGCUUGUUAAAUUCAUUUUAUGGCUCUCUUUCAGCAACCUAAAUUUGCCUGUUAAGAAAAAAAAAGCUUAAAAAAUCCCAACUCUGCCUCUUCUUCUCUUGAACUCUGCCCUCUCCUUACUGCCCACAAGCUUAAGUGCAUUCAGCAUUUAUGGGGAAGGAAAAGGCCCUCAGCUGUGCUCAAAGCU